AUGCCAUUAAUUGAUAUAACAAAUCCGGCAAUCAUCAUAUUUCUCAUAGAAAACUAUGAGAAAGAGAACCGUCUGCGGUUAAAUUGGAUUCACAAGCAUCGUGCUCAGAUCCAACAGGCUGCAACACUAACUAGAGAACCAACUAAUUACUUCGAAACCGAUGUAAUUGCCCAUAACAUGAUUGGAGGCAUGGAUACGAUAACUAGGGAUCACGUUGUAGCUGGCUAUAAUAGAAAAAAAGUACCCAUCCGCGAUGGAACAUUCAUACCGGGUGUUAAGAACCUACGUCAUGGGCAUUCAAUCGUUGACGUUGGACUUGGAAAUACAAAAGACGACCCGCGCCUAGCGAGACCCGAUUCUGAUCUAUCUACUGAUCCAAUUAUGCGUCCAGUAGAUCCUGAAAUAAAAGAGAUAUUAUAUAAAUCGAAACCAGACUUUGGUAAAAAUCAAUACUUGGCGAAGAGAUCUAAAAUAUGGCCUGAAAAGCGGUACUAUUUCGCAGAAACGAGUGGAUUUGUGUACGGCUGGCGGAUGAAGGACAGCGAAUUACACCAAAAGCCUCAGUUUGGGAGAUGCUGGCAUCUAACCAGAGCUUUGAGAAGCCGCGUUGGGCCGCAGCCAGACCCGUCCCAUUACAAGUCAUCCGAUGAGCCAGGUCGAAGCAGUUGCGCAGGCAUUUAA